AUGCCGGGAGCUUCGAUAGCUCUGCUGGCUGUUCUGCUUCAGCCUUCCCAGAACUUGCCACCACCGGCUGCCGAAACUCACUUCCUUCGCGGCCAGCAUUUGGACAAGAGCGGUGACUUACAAGGUGCCUCCGACAGCUUUCAGAAGGCCAUUGUCGCGCAUCCGGAUUAUGCUGACGCCUUCCGUGCACGAGGGAAGGUGCUGGAGAAGCUGUCAGACCUGGACGGUGCGAAGUACCACUACCAGGAAGCAACCAGGUUGGCCCCGCAGACUGCAGCCAAUCACUUCAGCUUGGGCUUGGCAUGCGAGCAGCUCGAAGACCUCGGCCAGGCAGUCGAUAGCUACCGCCGAGCGAUCGAGCUGGAUCCAAAGAUGUCGGCAGCCCAUUACAGCCUGGGUAUCGUCUUGGAACGGGAAGGGCAACUGGAAUCUGCGAUUACAAGCUAUCGAGAAGCUGUUCGUCUGAACCCCGGCCACCUCGCUUCUACGCUGAGCCUUGGCGAGGCCUUACAGCGCCAAGGCGAGAGCACUCAGGACUCGAAGAGCUUUCAGGAGGCCGAGGAGGUCUUUCGAGCAGCGUUGUCCUUGGAUGCAGCAAAGGCGAAGCCACACCUCCGGUUGGCCAACUUGUUGCAGCAAAGGCAGCGUUUCGAGGAAGCCGCCGACCAUUUCCGAAGCGCACUUGCUAUCACACCCAAAAAUGCCCCUGCCCAGUUCAGUCUGGGUUUAGUGGAAGAGGCACGUGGCAACUGGUCCGGAGCAAAAGCAGAAUACUUGAAAGCUGUUCGCUUGGCUCCAGAGCACAUUCCAGUUCGACGAUACUUUGCCAAGUUUCUACGCAAGCAUGCAGACUUCACUGAAGCUGCGGAAGGUCUGCAGAGCCUGCUCGAAAUUGACCCUACGGACAAACUCCUCCACAUGGAGCUGGCUGAGAUGAUGGCUCAAGACGGCAACCUGUUGCAAGCAGAGAUCGGCUAUCGCAACGCUUUGGCUCUGGACCCGCGCCUGGAAUCUGCGCACACGAAGCUCGGAAUCGUGCAGCGACAACUUGGAAAGCUUACCGAUGCCAGGGGAUCGCUGGAGACUGCAUUGGCUCUGAGCCCAGCAGAUGCAGGAAUAUGCACUCAGCUUGGAGUUGUUCACAAGCUGAGUGGCGACCUCACAAGUGCUGCUGCAAGCUACCAGCAAGCUAUAGACUUGGACCCAGAACAUGCUGCAGCCUACGGAAACUUGGGUAUAGUUCAAAUGCUUCAGCAAAGCUGGGAAGAGGCGGAAAGCAGUUUCUGGGCAGCUUUGAAACUGGAUCCAGACUAUGACGGAGCCUACUAUAGCCUCAGCGGCGUGCUCAGUCUGAGAGGCAAAGUUGAAGAGGCAAAGGCCUUGGCGGCCCGUCGAGUCGAGUUGGCCACGGCGAAGGGAAUUUGGCCCUUCCGGCUGUCUAUGACACAGCUGGACAGCAACAGACUCCUGCAGAGCAGGCUGCUGCAAGAAGAGGAAUUUGCCUCAAGGUAUGUGGCUGCAGCUCUGGACUCAAACAGUGAAGCAGGGGCGAGCGUUAUCAGAAAGCUUGCAAGUGCCGUGACGAAGAAUCCACCAGAGGGCUUGCACCAAUUGAUUCCGGUCCUUCGAGGAGUGCGGAGCUUGGAGAAUUCGACAGAGUGGGCCUUGCGACGCUGGAAUGAAUGCCUUGAGCUUGGGUCCGGAAGUGUGGCCUGUGCUUAUGGCACAACAUGGUUUGAGACUUGGCUGUCAGUCAUGGCUGACAGCACGUUGAGCCACGCCAUACCAGGCUACAUUGCAUCUGGCCUACAAUACACGGUGGGAGGAAGCGCAAUUGGUUACCAAUGCCUUUUUGCAGCUACAGCUCUGGGCUUCAACUGUACCGGAUAUGAGCUGUUGCAGUGUUUGGUAGCUGAUUCGAAAAGCCUGGCAGCUGACCUUUCGAGAGUUGUGGAGUCUGUGGACAUCGGCUUUGUGUGCGGAGAUGCCACGAAAGCAGACUUGUCGACCACGGGGGUGCUGUGGCUAAAUGAUGCGCUGUGGCCGCCAGAGGUACGUGAAAACAUGCUUCUCAGGGCGGUUUCAGCAAUGCCUCCAGGCUCGACCGUCAUUAGCUAUCAGCCCAAGCCAGACGACCGACAGCAGCUUUCCAAGCUGCAAAAUGAAAGGGUCAUGACGGCCGCCGUGUCUUGGAACCCUGCUCAACAGUUCUUCUUGUGGACGGUCGCAUCCUGA